CAGCUCUAUCCCACCCAGCUCUCACACUCACACCCACCAAGCUUCACUGACUCAACUCCGCCUCACUACACCACUACACUACACACCACUACACAUAUAUAACAACGCAGCAAAAUGUCCCUUCCAACCUACAACCUCCGCCGCCUCGCCCUCACCCACACCCGCCUCGUCCAGCGACCAUGCACAGCCCCAACCCCAGCCGCCGCCUCAGCAGUCAGAAGACUAGCAAGCAAGGCCUCCCCCGGCCAAACCUCCAACGUCGCCAACCCGCAAUCCAGCAGCCCGGAAUCGCAAUCCAUCAACGUCGCCCGCGGCAAGGAGGCGCGUCACGCCGACACCCCCGACACGGCGUCGGUGCAGUCGCCCAUCUCGUCGCAGUUUGGGCCGACGAGCGAGGCGCACGAGGGCGAGGAGCAGACCUCCGCGGACGCGCAGAUCAAGAAUCACCCCGGGGAGUCGGAGGCGACUAAGCGGCGGAAUGUCGAGAAGGCGGGGGAGAGGCCUCUUGGGGCGGAGGAUCGGCAGUAACUUUUUUCCUUUCGGUUUGUUCUGUACACAUGGGGAGGGAAGGGGGGUUGGAUGACGGUUUUUGAUUGUGAUUGUAGGCUGUAGAUGUGGAUCGAUGGGGGGUUUGCGCGGGGUUCAGGGGUCUAGGGUUGAUGUACUGUACGAUACAAUACAG